AGAAAUUCUUCGGGAUCCCUCGCUAUCGACCUUGUUCGCUUCACUAAUCGUUCGCCAUUCAAAAUCACUGUUCCAGUACAAAGAACAUGACUCUCUAUACCUCAAGCCUAUAAUCCAUAUACCUUGACUAUACCCUAACUCUAGCUGUCUCUGGGAGAAUGGACCACGACCGAACGCCGACGAUGGGCGAGUCGAGCACGACCACCGGGGUGACCAAGAUCCGGACCCCGCAUUCGUGCCGAAAACGAAGUACAGCUUUACCCGUAGAGGAUGAUAUUACAGACGCAAGAGGAGAUGGCAAGGAGGAGCCAAAGGGGAAGGAAACGGUACCAGCCGGACCUGGACAUCGAGAUGAUUGGGACACAAGAUCCGCGCAGAGCACGCUCGUCCCCGAUCAACCUGACGACACCCCCGAGGGCGUAGACCCAGGACCAGAGGUUGAAGGUUCCAACCCGGCCGAUAUGCUCGCUGUAGAGACCAGUGAAGAGACGAGACCGUCCGCGGAGACGAAAACGGAAGACAAGGACGAGACGAACCGACGGCCUUAUUCGGCGUUCACGAAGAAUCAGAGGUGGAUGAUCGUCAUCAUCUCCAGUGUCGCAGGGAUAUUCAGUCCGAUAAGCUCGACGAUUUACGCGCCGGCUAUCCCAACGAUAGCGGAUCAGUUUGGGAAGAGCAUCGAGGCCAUCAAUUUGACGGUCACGAUGUACCUAAUUUUCCAGGGCCUGACACCAUCCUUCUUCGGCUCAUUGGCCGACAGCAUCGGCCGAAGACCCGUCUACAUACUCACUCUCACCAUCUACGUUCUCGCCUGUAUCGGGCUCGCCCUGACGCCCACCUCGGCCUACUGGCUACUCAUGGUACUCCGCUGCCUACAAGCUACGGGCGGAUCGGCGGUCAUCGCCAUAGGCAGCGGUUGUAUCGGCGACAUAGCCACCCCGGAAGAAAGGGGAGGCUAUAUCGGGCUCUUCAGUGCGGUCAGUAUGGGAGGACCUGCGAUCGGGCCCGUCUUGGGAGGGAUCAUGGCGUAUUCGUUGAGCUGGAGGUGGAUCUUUUGGCUCUUGGCGAUCGCUUGUGGGAUCAACGUGGUCGUCAUGAUCUUCAUCCUACCCGAGACGCUUCGGGCGGUAGUGGGGGACGGCUCGAUACCUCCACCAUUAUUAAACGCCCGACCGGUCGAGUUCAUCAAACAGAGAAGGCUGGAAAAGAAACCUCUCGAGAAGGCUUCCCGAUUGCCGCUCGAUUACCAGCAAAAGCCCGAACCCAAAAAGUUCGACCCCUUUGGUAGUUUCAAGAUGUUGCUCUACCCAGAUAUCGCUGCCAUGUUAACCUUCACCAGCCUACUCUACGUGGAAUACUACUGGGUCUUGACGACGUACUCGACGCUACUGAAGCGAAACUACGGGUACAACGAUAUUCAGAUCGGUCUUUGCUAUCUACCCAACGGGAUCGGAGCGAUGGCGACGUCUUUCGCUUUGGGCAGGUUUUUGAACUGGGAUUACGGUCGAGCAAAGGCGAAAGCAGGAUACGACCCCAAGGACAAGAUCUCAUUGGACGGAUUUCCUAUCGAGAAGGUCAGGCUGCGGAUAUUCCCCUGGAUCGUAGUACUAUAUCUGGCCGCAUGCAUCGGUUUCGGUUGGGCAAUGGAGGCCAGGGCAAAUGUCGCGGUAUCGCUCGUCAUGAACUUUUUCAUUGGGGGUGGUCUGCAAGCAACUAUGGGAAUCACCAACGUAUUGCUUGUCGACCUGUUUCCGGGCAACGGAGGUGCAAUUACAGCCAGCUUCAACCUCUGUCGCUGCUUGUCUGCGGCUGCUUUGGUAUCAGCUGUUGACGCUCUGAUCAAUCGGAUUGGUGCAGGGUGGACGUACGUAAUGUGGUCGGGUGUCGUGGUGGUGUUCACACCACUCGUAUGGCUCGUCGUCAACCGAGGUCCGAAAUGGAGGAAGCAGCGGAUGGACGGCUUGCAGAAGAAAGCGAACGACAAAGCUGAGAAGCAGGCUCAGAAACAGAAAAGCGAGACCAAGCCAAAGUCGUAGGUACCUUUGUCACCCACAAUUGUAUGUUUACUACCCAUGCAGGAUAUUCAGUCAAUGCGCAGGCUCAAUAUGAAGUCGCUUGGAAGCGAUACCCUCCAACUCGGCGACGUAUCUUUGGCAUGACACUGCCACUAUAAAAAUGACUCACCGACUCCUGUGAACUGCGCUGAAAUCAAACGUGUUUCAG